AUCACACCCCCAGCUCAACAUACUUACAUAUGUAAGUCAUAAUAGCUAUACCUCUGCCCCUCUCUAUUGCUAAUCCCCGUUUAUUGUUCAUGGGCAAUGGUUCACAGCUUCUCAUGUACGCUUAGGUUGGCUACUCUGCGGCCUGCCCUACCCUUUCUAAGUUCUCUGGUGGAGGGACGGGAUAUAUGCAUGCCUUCAUCGUUGGCCUGGGGGAGAAGAGGGGCAACCAAGACGAUGUUACCCUUCCUUCAAAUACGUCCAAAACACAUCGUCAUUCAUCCACAGCCAAGUCUCUCUUCCCUUCCGAAGAGCCCCCAUCUACCUUUUGCUACAACCGUCAGAUGCCGAAACGGUCCCCAAUGUUUCCUUCUUCAUACGUUGCCUGGUCUUACGGGCGGCCAUGCGUAACGUAACCUAACCCCCGCCGGCGUCCGUGGUUUGUUGGAUCGAUCAUCGUGGGACCCUCCAACCGGGCCCCGACGCCGAC